AUGAAGUCGUUACAGCUCGUUCUCGCUGCCCUCUUCCUCAGUCACGGGGCGUGGUCGCAGUUCACCGUACCGCCCGACACAACAGCCGAGCCCAAUACAAUCAAGACGUGCACAUGGUGGCACGUGGCAGGGAGUGGCGACUCCUGUACAAGUAUUGCUUCCACCUACGGGAUCACGAGCGAGCAGUUCGCAAGAUGGGACAUGACUGACUCUCCAAAGAACCCGUCCGUUGCAACGGCCUGCAAGCUCACUGUGGGCAAUUCGUACUGCAUCGAAAACAACUUUGGUCAGGAUGACCCGCCAACGCCGUCUAUAUCGUCGUCCACGCUGAUUGGCACUGCCACGACAUCCACCACAGCCUCUACCACAACUGGCAACGGCAUCUCCACGCCCACGCCUAUCCAGGAGGGCAUGGCGACCACUACAACGAGCAGUGGGAACGGCAUUACGACGCCGACGCCGACGCAAGCUGGAAUGGUGGGCAACUGCGACCGCUUCCACCUUGUCAAGUCUGGAGACCAAUGUGGCACCAUCGCGUCGACGUACGGCAUCACGCUGGCCAACUUUUAUAGCUGGAACCCAGCCGUGGGGACCAGCUGCCAGUCGCUGUGGCUCGACACGUAUGUGUGUGUGCGGACGAUUGGGUUCGUGCCUCCCAAGACAACGACAACCACCACCAAGAAGCCGACUUCGACAACUAGCGCGGGAGGAGUUGCAACGCCGACCCCCACCCAGCCAGGAAUGGUCAGUGGCUGCAAGAAGUUCCACAAGGGGCGUGGGAACGUGUCCACAGUCGCCUCGGGAGAUCAGUGCGGCACCAUCGCAACGCGGUAUGGCAUCUCGCUGGCCAACUUUUACAGCUGGAAUCCGGCCGUGGGAAGCAGUUGCCAAACCCUCUGGUUGGACUACUAUGUUUGCGUUGGUCGUUAG